AUCUUUAUAUUUGUUGUUUUUAAUAAAAAAAAAAAUUAAAGUUGUUUUUGUUUUGAUUUUGAGUUCAAUUAUGUUAUUCUGAAUAUUCUUUUUAAAGGAUAUUAAAAUAAACUUCAUGGUAUAAGUAUUAAAUGAUUAUUCUUUUAGCCUUUUGUGAUAUUGAUUGAUUUUGAUGUGAUAUUGAUAUUACAAGUAGUUCCUCGGUCCACCCUCAAAAUGCACAAUGCCGAUAUAAAUGAUUAUUUACCAUCCAUAUUGAAGCCCAGGACUAUCCGCCGCGAAGAAGCCUGUACUUUGUCUCUUACACAGAAUUCAGUUGUUAGUUAUCCCUCUCUGUCUCUCAAAAGAAACAAAAUAAAUAGCACAGGCACUUCAGAUAAUUUAAAUAAGGGUGUGGAACUUGAUCCAAGUCCUAGCACGAAUAGUCCACAUAAAAGAAAAGCUGCUGCUAUCAACUUACAAAUAAAAAAGAAGAAUUUGACAACUGAGCAGGGUACAGAGCAAACAAAAGUUCCUAAUUUAAAAACAGAUGUCAAUAAGAAACUAACACAUGCCAUUGUACAACCAGAAAAUUGUAAAUCAGUGAAAGGGAAAAUUUUCGAUAAAAGAAAAGAUAAACGAAAAUUUGGUUCAGAAAAGAAUGGAAUUAGUGUUGCGGGCUGUUUAAAACAGAAAUCUAUCGACGCUUAUUUUAGAUGUACAAAUGUUUUGAGAUUAAAACAUUCGGUUGAUGCAAAUGCAAAUAAGGAUGCCUAUGCAUUGCUAAGUGAUUGGAAUGUUUGCACAGAUAACAAAGUGCGUGUUGAUGAUGACAUGAAUAGGAAUUCGAUUGUCGUCGACGUAAAACACGAUGGCCGUUCGUAUUAUAAGCCGAGUCCGAGUCAAUCGGCGAAAACGCCGCGAUUGCAGCACUCCCCGUCGCCCAAAGCCUCCCUCAAGUCAUCUCUGUCUGAUGUACCACGUGUUAUCUCGCCGAAAUGUAAAAGAGAUAGCGUUGGAUCAAUCACGCCUAGACGACCAGUUGAAUCUCUGAAAUUCAAUCUGCCAUUAAAGUCUAGUUCAAACAAAGUCUCGUCACAAAAAAAUAUACCUCCUUAUAAAAUUGUUGCAGGAACCCAUUUUGCGGUAGACGCAUUUUCGUACGGCGAAAUUCCGAACGUGAAACAUUAUUUCCUCACGCAUUUCCAUUCGGACCACUACACGGGAUUAAAAAAAAGUUUCAACAAAUUGUUGUUGUGCUCUGAAAUAACUGCGGAUCUAUGCAUUUCACGUUUAGGCGUGAAUUCAAAAUGUAUACGGGUGAUAAACAUCGAUGAAACAAUAUCCAUCGAAGGUGUCGAAAUCACAGCGCUCGAUGCGAACCAUUGUCCAGGUGCCUUGAUGCUGGUGUUCACGCUGCCCAACGGAAAAAGCUUACUACACACUGGCGACUGUCGCGCGUCGCCUGCUAUGGAGUCUUACCCUGUGUUCUGGAAUAAGGACAUACACACCGUAUAUCUAGACACGACUUAUUGCAACCCUCGCUACGACUUCCCAGCCCAAGACGACAGUCUGGAACUGGCGCUCUACAUUUUGAGGCAAAAGAAAAUGGCGCUGGAGAAGGCGGGAAAAAAGUUCUCUUCCGUUCUCAUUGUUUGCGGCACUUACACUAUAGGUAAAGAAAAGUUCUUCCUCGGGAUAGCGCGUCGAGUCGGUUGCUCGGUGUGGGCGUGUCCGGACAGGGACCGCGUUCUGCGUGCGGCGGAGGGUCGAAGCUACGCGCACUCGCCGCCCCGCUCGUGCCAGCUGCACGUCGUGCCCAUGAAGGACUUGACUCACGAGAAACUACGGAGCUACCUUGACAGCAUGCCGGGCGUGUUCACCGAAGUGGUAGCAUUUAAGCCCAGCGGGUGGGAGAAUGGGAAGAAUUCCCCCGUUGAGAAAGACUCUGUCACUAUUUAUGGUAUACCAUACAGUGAACACUCAAGUUUCUCCGAGUUGAUACGUCUGGUCAAGUUCCUCAAGCCGAAGCAGGUCGUGCCUACAGUGGAGAUUUCGGGCGGGAUCAAAUCUGUGCAGAAGUACUUCCCGUGUCCGUUGGUGAUUAAAGACUUCGCGCAGUGUCAGACCAAGCUCACGGAGUUCUUCAGAAUACCGAACCAGCAACAAGCGUCUGCUGUCACUUGAAAAGCGAAGUAAAAACGUUAUUAUAAGGUGCCAUUUUUGACUGUGAUUUCUGAAUUUAUUUAUGGAAUAAUUGUAAUGUUUAUUUUAUGUGAUUGUUUUGUUACAAAGAUUAAUAAAAUAUUUUUGAGUUUCGUUUUGUAA